AUGGUUCUGCAACUUGCAUGUUUCAUGAUCAUUCUGAUCAUCAUUUUCUCCAUGUCUCCAUCAGCAUCUGCACAACAAGAUUAUCCAAACACAGUGAAUCCAGAUUGUGAUUCAACAUGUGGAGAUGUAACGAUAACCUACCCAUUCGGAAUGAGAAAUCCAACAUGCUACGCAGACAAAUGGUUCGAAAUCGAGUGCAGAAAUACCUCGCAAGGUUCAAAACCAUACAUAAAAUCCAUAAACCUGGAAGUAACAUCAAUGGAUCCAGGUUCAAGCAACGUGUACAUCAUGAACCCUGUUUUCCAAUGGAACUGCAACAACAAAACCAAAUAUUCAAAGCCAGUGGUGAAUCUCACAGGAACCCCUUUCGUUUACUCAAAGGAGUUAAACAAGUUCACCACCAUCGGUUGCAACAAGAUUGCAUUUCUGCAAUCAAACGGGUCCAAAGUGAGUGGUUGCGUCUCACUCUGCGAUGAAUAUGAUGACAGAGAGGUUAACAGCAACGUAGCCUACGGCAGCGACGGUUGUGUUGGCAGAUUCUGCUGCGAGACUUCGCUUCCGUCGUAUCUGGUGGAGUAUAACGUGACACUUGAAGAACUGACGAGUGGUGGUGGUGGUGGUGGUCGGUGUAGUCAAGCGUUGAUUGGAACAGUGGAUUGGAACAGAGUGUACCCUGAAACUGGUAGUGAAGAGUAUCGGAGCUUUCGUGAUCUGGAUGUGGAUUAUGUUCGUGCGGUGCUUUCAUGGGUGGUUUUUAACUCGUCGGCGGCGAUGAAGACGCUGCCGGUUGGUAAUAACUGCACUAUGGCUGCAAAUUCUCCAUAUAGAGGUUCUGGUUGGGUUUGUGAUUGCUACACUGGUUACUAUGGCAAUCCAUACAUUGGUGGUGGCUGUAUUGCUAUACCGGGAUUCUUCGAGAACAAUAAUCGAGCGAAGAAGUGGGCUAUAGUAGGAGUUUCGUCAGGUCUUGGAUCCAUCAUUUUCAUAGUUGCUAUGUGGUUCUUGUAUAAAGUUGUGAGGAAGAGAAUGAUAGAGAAACGCAGACAAAAAUUCUUCAAGAAAAAUGGUGGUUUGUUGCUAAAGCAAAGAAUGUCUUCAGGAGAAGCCAAUGUUGACAAAGGAAUACUCUUCAGCUUGAAGGACUUAAAGAAGGCCACUGACAACUUCAACAUGAACAGAGUUCUUGGAAAGGGAGGCCAAGGUACUGUUUACAAAGGCAUGUUAGUAGAUGGUAGAAUCGUUGCAGUGAAAAAGUUUAAGGUGGAAGGGAACAUUGAAGAAUUCAUCAACGAGUUCGUCAUUCUUUCACAAAUCAACAACAGAAAUGUGGUCAAGUUACUAGGAUGUUGUUUGGAGACAGAAAUUCCCCUGCUUGUUUAUGAGUUCAUUCCAAAUGGCAAUCUUUUCCAGUAUUUGCAUGACCAAAAUGAGGACCUAAAUAUGACUUGGGACAUGCGUUUGAGAAUUGCCACUGAAAUUGCAGGAGCUUUGUUUUACUUGCACUCAGUUGCAUCUCAACCCAUUUAUCACAGAGAUGUCAAAUCAACAAAUAUAUUGCUGGAUGAAAAGUACAGGGCAAAAUUAGCAGAUUUUGGAGCCUCUAGGAUAAUUUCUGUUGAAGCUACUCACCUCACCACAGUAGUUCAAGGAACUUUUGGAUACUUGGACCCUGAAUAUUUUCAUACUAGUCAAUUCACUGAAAAGAGUGAUGUCUAUAGCUUUGGAGUGGUUCUUGCUGAACUUUUAACCUGUCAGAAAGCAGUGUCCUUUGCAAGACCUGGGGAAUCCAAGAACUUAGCUUCAUAUUUUGUUCAGUGCAUGGAGGAUAAUAGUCUUUUUGACAUUGUUGACAAAAGAAUCACAAAGGAAGGGAAGAGAGAACAUGUCAUAGCAGUUGCUAAUCUUGUGAAGAGAUGCUUAGAGUUGAAUGGGAGAAAACGACCAACUAUGAAAGAAGUCACAUUAGAAUUGGAAGAGAUCCGGAAAUUGGAGAGGAAGUCUAGUAAUGCAGAACAAAAUCAUGAAGAAGUUGAGGUUGUUGGAAUUGAAAACUACCAACAACCUUGGACUGGAUAUUCUACAACAUCAAAUUCAUUUCCAACUCUAAGCAGCGGAACACUCUCUCCAAAGUCUGGGCCUAUGCAUAUUGUUGCAUUAGAAUAAUUGAUGAAUUUUCUUAAUUUUGUUUUCCAUGUUUAAAAGAAAAUUGUUUGGUUGGAUAUACUUCAGCUAACCACCAAAGACAUUAGUGUUUAAAAUUAUUUAUAGUAAAACAUAGCUAAGGAAUUAUCAUGGGGUGCACAUAUUUCUAUGAACUAUGCUUUGAACGAGCCGGCAAAGCAAAAGCAACUUGCUGUCUCCACCACCAGCCUCAUUGAAAUUAACAGAGAUGAC